UCAAGCCUUUCCAGUCUGGCCCGAAUGUGUCUCCAACACACAAAAUGUGAGGUUAUACAGUUUCAGCCGGGUGUCUAACUUUGACUGUCGUUAGCUGCAUGUCAUGGCGGAAAAUCCGUUCCGGUUGGACCGAACUAUCUCAACCGAAACAGACUGUCAUCGUUUCUGCUGUUCUUGUUGUUAUUGGAGCUAGCAUUAGCCUUUUUUAAAUUAGCUAACGUUGCUGUUAUUUUACAUAAUUGAUCCAUCGCUGCAGGGCAGAAAGCAGGAAAACAAGGUAACUGUUGCCAGUUGCACAAAUGAGCAAUAACCAGGUUAAUAUCUAGGUUUCAUUCUUUUAUUUGUUUGUCGUUUGUAGUAUUUUUUCUAAAAAGCAAUUAGCUCUUGUGUGAGUUUUAGGAAGAAAUCGCUCAGGCAAAAAUGAUCCCUGUAUCUACGGUUAAGGUUAGCUAACAGACUCAGAGUUGUCUGCAGACUUUCUGUUUUGAGAUGUAGCAGCAGGCAGCCGGUGAGCUGACCCUGGUUCAGCACGGCCCGACGGUCAGAUUGAAAAGGGAAAUCAUGUCCUGCAAAUCCGCCACCAAGGACAAGAAGUCCAGCUUCAGCAAGAAGCUGUUCAGGCGAGGCUCUGUGGGCAGUUUUAUGAGCAGAGUCCUCAGGACGCUGACAGCCUUAUCACAUUUUGGAUCUGAAGUUCAAACCGAGGAUGACAAGGAUGAUGGAGGAUUCUCCGCUUUCAAAUCUGGGAAUAAAGAUGUUCCCAUGGAGGAUGGUGGGUUCCUGUCCGGAGAGAGAGUUCCCGGAGUGUCAGGUCUGAAAAACCACGGCAAUACCUGCUUUAUGAAUGCAAUCCUGCAGUGCCUGAGUAACACCGAACUCUUCGCUGAGUACCUCGUUUUGGAGCACUACAAAGGGGAGGAUUUGGAGGAGGACAAGCCCAAAACAAAUGGGGUUCAUCUGCAGAAAAAGGGUCCUCUGGUCAAAGGAGAAGUGACCGAGCAGCUGUCGGGACUUGUACGGGCUUUGUGGACGUUUGAAUACACACCUCAGCAUAGCAGGGACUUCAAGAAUGCUGUGUCAAAGAAUGCCACACAGUUUAAAGGGAACGCCCAGCAUGAUGCUCAAGAGUUUCUGCUCUGGUUGCUGGACAGAGUGCAUGAGGAUCUCAACACCAACAACCCUAACAGCAGGCCUGCUAUUAAGCCUCCCAUUGAAGAGGAUGACCAGAGCAUAGAGGGGCCCUCUCCUCCCCUCUCUGCUGGGUCGUUUGUGCAGGAGCUGUUUCAAGCCCAGUACAGGUCUUCUCUUACUUGCCCGCAUUGCCAAAAGCAGAGCAACACCUUUGAUCCCUUCCUCUGUAUCUCCUUACCAAUCCCUCUGCCACACACACGGCCCUUGUAUGUGACAGUGGUCUACCAGGGGAAGUACUCUCACUGCAUGAGGAUUGGAGUUGCUGUUCCUCUCAAAAGUACUGUCUAUCGCCUCAGAGAUGCUGUGUCACGUGAAACCAAGAUCCCGAUGGACCAGUUUGUGCUGACGGAAAUGUAUUAUGAUGGCUUUCAUCGCUCAUUUUGUGAUGACGACGAUGAUCUUGAUAUCAUCCAAGAGAGCGAUUCCAUCUUUGCCUUUGAGACACCAGAGACCUUCAAAUUGGAAAACCUACGCACAAAAAGAGGAAGCCUUCUGGCAAACCUGAAUCAUAACAAUCUGAAGUACGGGAUAGAAAUCGGCAGGACUCCAUCCUUCAUGCAGGGGGCAAUGACUCCUGUGACUGGAUCACCAAAUAAAAACGUAGGGCCAGAAAAAAUUAUUCUCCUGGUGUGUAACAGAGCGUGCACUGGCCACCAAGCAAAAAGGUUUGGCCUGCCUUUUGUACUGUACAUGGAGCGCACUGUGACUUGGGAUGCUUUACAAAAAGAGAUCCUGGAGAAAAUGCGGCAUCUUUUGAGGCCCGGGGUCUACCUUCAGGUUGGACCUUUCAGUCUUCGUGUGGUUGGCGUUGUUGGUAUUACCUACCUCCUUCCUCAAGAUGAGAAACCACUGUGUCACCCAACUGUUGAAAGAGCAUACAAGUCCUGUGGACAAGGGGGACCCCCACAUGUGAAGAUUGUGGUUGAGUGGGACAAAGAGACCAAGGACUAUCUGUUCGGCCACACUGAGGAGGAGUAUAUUCCAGAUGCUGAGAGUGUCUAUCUGCACAGACAGCAGCACCAUCAGCCCCAGGCCUGCACCCUUGCUCAGUGCUUUCAGCUCUACACUAAGGAGGAGCAGCUGGCUCCAGACGAUGCCUGGCGAUGUCCCCACUGCAAGCAGCUACAACAGGGCCGGAUAAAGCUCAGCUUGUGGACACUGCCGGAUGUGCUCAUACUGCAUCUCAAGAGGUUUAGACAGGAAGGAGACCGGAGGGUGAAGAUGCAGAACAUGGUGCGGUUCCCACUGAUGGGAAUGGACAUGGCUCCACAUGUGGUCAAGAGAAGCCAGAGCAGUUGGAGUUUACCAUCUCAUUGGUCGCCAUGGAGAAGGUCCUACGGCCUUGGAAGAAACCCUGAUGACUACCUUUAUGACCUGUAUGCUGUUUGCAACCAUCAUGGCAACAUGCACGGAGGCCACUACACUGCUUACUGCAAAAACUCUGUUGAUGGUCAGUGGUACUGCUUCGAUGACAGUGAGGUGACACCGAUUUCUGAUGAUGCUGUGUGUCAGCAGACGGCCUAUAUACUGUUUUAUCAGAGAAGAACCGCAAUUCCUUCCUGGUCUGCCAAUAGCUCUGUCGCUGGCUCCACGAGCUCAUCACUGUGUGACCACUGGGUCAACAGGUUACCUGGAAGCAGACCUGCCAGUUUGGCCUCUGGAGCUUCAUCUAGACGCACGUCGCUGGCUUCGCUUGCUGAGUCAGUAGAGUUUCCUGGAGAACGUAAUGAGGAUGAUGGAGGAUUUUCUGUUCGUCCAUUUGUGAGAAGCAUCCAGCGACAGAGCUUGUCCUCGAGGUCGUCUAUCGCCAGCCCUUUGGCCUUCAGUGACAGCGGAAUAAAGCCCUCUUGGUCUCUUUCUGCCAAGCUGCAAAUGAGAUCCAACUCACCCUCACGCUUCUCCCUAGACUCUCGAUGCUCCCCUCCUCUGGAGAGGAUAGGGGAGGCAGGCAACGACAAGGUUUCCAUGUCCUGUUUUGGCAGCUACAGUAAACAUGAACGAUACUUCGGCAGCAGGACUCCUUCCUCUAUGAUGGAAAGCAACUUUGGUGAGGACAGCAAUAAAAGGUUCCUAGACAUGAUGUACUGCAGGGCUCCCACUCCAGUGGAAAAGAAGAGCAACAAAAACGACACAACUGAGAACAACAAUGAGAUCACAGCUAUAGACCAAAACAUGCAACCAACUCAAGCAACCCCCUCCAAAGAGCAGAAACGAAAAAGUAGCAUCGGAGGGUUUACGUUAAAGUCCGAAAGCUCAGGCUCCAUCAAGAGUUCCAACAAAGCAGAGCUAGAGAAGACCUCUAAAAAACGCCUGUGCUCAAUCAAUAAGAACCCAGCCUCAGACACGUCUUCCAGUACACCUGCAAAAGGCAAGAAGCUGAGCAACACCAAGGAGAAGACUGUAAAUACUAAGAAAAGCACCUCGACACCCAGUGGAACUCCCUCAAAAACGAAGGAUUCAAAUCAAACUCCUGAUGCAACUCCACAACAUAAACCUUGCCUCCGCUCCACACCUCAGUCUUCAGCUUCUCCGUCUCCAAAUGCAAAGAAGAACUCCAGCAUUACUGAGAAAGGCUCCACAAGCUGCCGGAAACGACUGAUCGAAAGGAGUUUCAGCAGAGAUUCUAUGCACACCAGCCCACUGGUUGACAGCCAUCGAAGCAGCUGUGUGGCCCGCUCUUCACUUCCCAAGAAUGGGGAUAGUAAUCGGCUUGAGAGGAGGUCCGUGAGGAGUUCCAGCAGCAGUUCUUCAGUCACUAGCCUGCGCUCACCUAGUGUAUCCACCAGAGACCUGCAGCGUAGCACCAAAUGCGAGGAGAAAGCAUUGUCUUUCUUCAAAAGUGCCCUGCGACAAAGGGAAAGUCGCCGGUCAGCCGAUUUAGGAAAAAGCGUCAUGCUUACCAAAAAGGCUUCAGAGAGGACAUGCAAGCAGAAUGGGCAAGCUAAGGAGAUAGACGGUAAUAAUCAAAAGACUGGAGAUGCUGGGUCUUUGAAAACGUCUAAGGAAACUCUUGGAGGUGAGUCAAACUCAGCCAAGCAGGAGUCUUCCAAGCCCCCCAGCUCCCUUAGUCGCACUCUACUAGGAAAGUCCAAGUCUUCCACUUCUGAUGUAAGUAGCAAGUCUCAUACAGAUGGGAAGAAGCCUCUAGAGAAGAUGGCAUCUUCCCGAAAGUUGUCAUCAAACAUGCAAUCUCCUGCACGAACAACUCAGAGGCCUCAGUGAUAGCAAUGCGAAAACAAACAUUAAAGCGGUUUCAGUUGGCACCAGAUGUAUUUGAGACACAUUUUUUCAUAUUAUGGUUUUGUACAUCAGCCCUAAAAUUCUUUGGCUUUGAAACUUUAUUAUUGAAGAAAUUUCAUUUUUGUUUGCUAAAGUAAAAACAUUCGAUCAUCUGCAUGUAUGAGUUCAUAGCACUUGCCUGAUACGCUAACAGUAGUGGGUUGAACAGUAGCAUACUGUUGGGUAUUUUUUCAGCCUUAAAUGCUUAUUUUCUGAAGGCCUUCUGUAAAUAUUUGAGUAAUCAAUUGCAAAGAAAACAAAACCAUAACAUAACAAAAUUAGCCUCUGGGACCAACUCUGAGUUAAUAAUUUCACAGACUGGAAAGAGUUUCAUUCCAAAAUAUUUCUGUCUAAAUUUCCUGUGUCAUGAAUUGUUUUGUCUGAACAAAACUGUCGACACAUUUAUAAAUUAAAAACUCUAAACUUUUUAAUUGAGAGCAGUGAAGAUGCAUACCGUAUCUAAAACACUAACAUUCUUGAAAGCUUUCGGCUUCGAUGCAUUGGAGCAGCAUCAAAUGAGUCUUUAUUGUGAAUAUUAAAAGUCUUAAAAUUAAUGAUGGCUUUAGACCAAAAAAAAAGGAUGGAAGAAAACUCAAAAUUGCUCUACAAGAGGUUUUUCAAAAAACUUUAGUUUUUUUUAAACGUAGUCUUUUGAUAAUUUUUUUUUUAUUAAACAAAAUGUAGUUCGGUUCUUAUGUAAUGGAAAAAGUGGAGGUUUUGGAAUAAAUCCCUUUUAAAUUGAAGUUUAUAAAUAUAUAGAUGUGUUUGUUGACAUUAAAUAAAUAGCAUCUGUUUGUCCCUCUAUGAGCAAGAAAGAAAAUGAUCUUAAGCGCCUUUUAAUGCUGCACAUGGGACAAGAAAUUGCCAUUUGGCAAAUUAGUCUUUUACUGUAAGCGUCACUUGUAGGAAUGUUGUUCAGUAGCACUUUGUAUAUAUAAAAACAUAUGAUAAAUAUUACAUAUUAAUUAGUUAAAUAUUUUAGGACGUAUUAUAAAGUAGAGUAAGCGGCCUUAGAUAAUGAAAUGGCAAAAAGGGUACAUUCAUCUCAGUGUUUCAGGGGUCAUCCAACUGGAAGAAAUCUUUCCUUUAAUACACCUGGUGCUGUUACAGACCACUGCUUCACUGGCACUGAUGUUUUCUUUUUUUUUUUUUUUACAAUUCUUUUUUUUCAAAUGAUGUUAAAACCUGUAACCACACUUUUCAAUCAGCUACAAAGCUGUUGUGUUUUAUAUCAUAACCUUUGGUACCUCAUUGGAGAUAUCAUCUUUGACAAUAUUUUGUGUUCUAAAGCCUGAAUCUGGAGAUUGAUGAUUUAAUUAGCUAAAUAACUCAGCAAAUAUUGUCUGGGAGUCGUCGUUGUGCACAUGUGGACAUGAAUCCUGAACUUUCUGAUCUAAGCUACUAGACAGGGCAUGGUGGUUUUGCAAUAAAACACCAGAAGCUAAGUAAUGUGCAGAAUAUUCUCUAUGCAGGAGCAAUCGUUAGGGUUGCUGGACUUAUUUUAGGCCGUUUGCUUUGUCAUUGUAAAACUGUGCCGCCUCGUAAAUCCGAUGACAGCACAGGCUUCGUUUUCAAAGAAUUAAAUCAAAACUCAAAUCACAAAAUAGUUUUUUUUAUUUUACAUUUGGACUAAUUGUCUUUCCUUGGCAUUUGUGAAGUUUACCAUGUUUCUUGGAUUGUUUGAGAAAAUGCCGACUAAUUGAACCUGACUGCCUCAUUUUAAUGGUCUGUUUGGGAUAUGUCUUUUAAAAUGGGACAUAGACAAGGGACAACCUGGGUAUCAAGCUCUUUUAAAAAGUUUCUGUAACCCGGAGUUGAUGUUUGCCACUCAAAAGUUUUAAAAGAACUGUUCAUGGGCGCACUAAGGACCGGAUUGGUCGCUGUAUUAUACUACAUCUAGACUGGUGAGUGAAAUCAACGAAACAAAGAGAUUGUUGACCUGAUUCUUAGUGUGCUCAACCCAUCAGUGACAGUGUUUCGUGUCUCUAUUAAAUACAAACAUUAAGCAGUGCCAGGGAAUAACUUGACUAAAGACAGCCCUACUUUGUGACCAAUACAACUCACAGCAAAUGUUUAUUUAAAAUGAUUUGCCAAGUCUUUUCAAUACAGAAGACUACAGUGAUGCAUUUGGAUUUGGUAUCAUCCUCAGUUGUUGCCUGGUAUGAUGGUUCCUUUCUGUUGCACACCAUAGAAAUAACAUGCAGUAUGUUUAAAUACUAUGGGCACGUUUGAAUCAAAGGAAAACUAUCUAUUUGUACAUUUAGCUUUGACUGUUCUCCUGUUAAGUCUGUAACUGUUAGUAUAUAUUUCAGAGCCAGUUCAUUUCCAUCAUAUAUGUUUGUGUUUCCAACCAUUUUCGAGUUCACGUAACCAUAAAGCGGUUAUUAAGGUGUGAGGCCCUUUACUUUUAUUUUCAAAUUUUCUAUUAGGAGUGGAGGUGGCUGCUGGACAAUCUGGUAAAUUAUAUAAAUGUAGAUACUUUAUUAAGAUUAUGUAAAUAUAAAUAAUUAUUUUUAAGCCCAUUGUCUUCCUAAAACGUUAGAGAUUUUUAUUUACCAUCAAACCCCAAGUAAGACAUGUGACAUUUUCCACUGUUUCCCUUCCACUUUUAUCACCACUACAUCACUGACAUUUUGUUUUUAAAACAUGCAAAAUACAUUGAGAUCUGACUGGUUAGAACAUCUAGUUUAGUAUUUAAAUGGCAGGCAGCUAAUCCUUUAGGAACUGGGCAGGUUCUCAUUCGAGAUGCAACUCAAUAAAUUUGAAUUUAAAUGAAAAGUUGAUUUCGCUCCGUAAUUCAGUUUAAAACGUCAUACCAUAUCGAUUCACUACAAACAGAGUGAUAUAUUUCAGUCAUUUAUUUUUCUUAUUUCUGAUGACUAAUGCUUACAGCUAAUGAAAACUCAAAAUUCCAAGACUAAGACCAAUAAAGAUUGGUUCCGCAAAACAUUACAGGGCGUGGAAACUUCACACUUUACCUUAAUCAACCUGGAUUCUGUGUCUCCGCACUUUUCUUACGCAAUUUGAGACCUUGGUUUCCUAAUAAAAUGCAAAAUGUAUUUCUUUAUUUUUUCCUUUCACCUGAAAAGAGGACCAGCCCAUUUUGUUUUUUCUUAUUCCAGGUUGCCUCUGGUUUAUGAAUGACGUAACACAAAGAAUGCAACAGUUAUAUUAUACUUCUGUAUGUAUGUGAUGUGACACUCUGAUGCUGGAUGCUCCAUUUACUACCACACUUUUUUUCUUCCACUCAACUUUCUUUUGAUAUCCUUAGAUACAACUGAUUUUUUUUUUUUUUUUUUUUUUAAUGAGCUGAAGCCAGUAUCAUCAACAUUAACAGAAAAAAAAAAACACCUGGAAUAUUUUGGUGGCUAAUUUCUAUAUUUGAGUUUCACUUUUUUGUAUUGAAUGACUGAAAUAAAUCAACUUCUUAAUUAUAUUUAGAUUUAUGCACCUGAUUUUUUUGAAGCUGCUGCUAAACAUCCGAUCAUAAAUGGGAGAUGUGCAUUAAGAACAAAAAAUAGAACCAAGAACAAAGAAAACUUGGGAUCCCCUGCUUAUGAUUUUAUUAUCCAACAGUCAGAUAAUGUGAGCUAAAAAUGUAAACAAUCCAAGGCUGAAAAACCAAUUGAUUGACCAGUUUUGAUACCAGUUGAAGACAUUCAGACGAACAGAAUCACAAUCUUUACACAAAUCUUGUGUCUACCUUUCUGCACUGCAGUGCAGGUCUUUUUCAUUUGCUGUUUCUUAUAAACCUUCCAUUGUACAGACUUCUAAAUGAUAAAUGAAUGCAGUAUUGCAUGAACACUAAUGCAUGUAUUUCUUAUCAACUAUGCAAGAGUCUGCAGCUGUGUAACAAAGAAUGCAAUGCAUGGCUGGUAUAUCCCAUUGCUUAAUUUGCACACCUUUCCUAUAUUUUUCAGAACUUUAAAACACAGAAUACUUCAUUUUCGAUGUGUUUCGAAGUGUUUCGAAUAAUCUAAUUUCUUCCUAGUUUUUUCUCACCUUUAUUUAAAAAAAACUAAUCUUUAUGGGUGCUCCCGCCAGCCUGAUGGGUUUUUGUCAUCGUUUCACAUUUACCAUUGUACAUCAGCAGAGAUAGUAGUAUGGAUGUGAAAAUCUAUAUGUUUUACUAUGUCGUCUCAUUAUCUACGACUGUAUUGUGAAAGCCUUUCAUUAGUUUACUUCAGUAAAAAAAAAAAAAAUAAUUUUUGCGAACCCCUAUUGCCAUUUACUCUGCUGCAUCAAAAAUGUAUAAAAUAUAUCAAAGGAGCUAAAUGCAAUAAAUAGAGAUAGUAAAUUUAGUUUUGUAAUACAAUAUAUACAUAUUUUAGUUUAAUAUUUAUCACACAUCGGUUGAGCUGUGAUUUUGUUUUUUAUUAUUGACCUAAAUUUAUAGGAGGCCAUUUUUUUCACUUGUUUGUGAACUUUUGUUGAUGAAUUGCAUUUUUAGCCUCUCUGCAGCAACAAACAAGUCCACUCUGUUGAGAUUGAAUGGCAUGUAACAUAUUUCCAUACGCAUUUUGCUGCUAAACUGAAGCUGCAUUGAACCUUGAAACUUAGGUAGCAGCACCCUACAUUUGAGUUACAUACUUCAGUUCUGCAGAUUCUGUGGCAUUAAAAAAAAAAAAAAACGCCCUGUAGUGGUGCUCUUAAGUUUAAAUGACUUGCAGUGAUUUGAGAUGGGUUUUCGAGGCAUUGUUUUCUAAAUGUAAGCACUACAGAUGUAAUCUACUAAAACAGUUCUCUAGCCUUAAGAAAAGUCACAUUUAGUGGAUAUUAUGUAUCUUUGGAUGAUGCAGAAUUUAGGAAGCUGUGUAAUAAAGGAAUGUCUUGAGUCUUAUUUUCUGUUAAGCUAAAAAUCAUUCUGAAUACAGAGAAUGUCUGUUUUUCACUUGUUUGUUUUUUUUCUUUACAUUUUUAUACAAUCCUAAAGCUGUUUUGUAAAGCAAAGUCUGUCGCAAAUGUUGAGAUUUGUUUACUUUUAAAGUCUGGGAAUAGUUUUCUCCUUUUUCUCAGAUUAAUGACAGCUGAGUUGUCUGAUCGUUGUUCUACAGCCUCUAUUCCACAAUAUGCCUGUACAUUUUUUUUGUUAUACUGUUUUGUCAUUACAGUUUUAAGCUCCUAAGUCGUUCAAAUUAAUUUAUUUUUUCCGUUUAGUUUUUUUUCUAUCAUUUGCACUUUUAUAUUUGUUUCGUCCAAAUGGACAAAUAUGUAUAUACUUUGUUAGUCCAUGCAAGUACAAAAUUAAACUUCUCAUCAAAAUAU